CUCCUCACUGGUCUGCUUUGUUUUGUUUGGGUGUCAACUGUCUGGCGAGAGAGCGUGUUGACACAAGUGCCAGGAAGGUUUUCACUGUGAGCUUUACAUUUACAGGGUUUGUUUUGGUUUAUGAGAGAAGUUAGAGUGAUCAUUGUCGAGAGAGUUUCAAGCAGCUGUCGAGGACUGAAAGGGAAACAUUUGUUUCUAGCUUUUGCCAGCUAAUAUUUGUUUGAGAAGACUUGAAGAUGUUUGUGCCUUUGGUGACCAUCGUCUCUCUUUUGGCAGUCAUUCUUCCAGCUGCCCACAGUGGGAAUGUUCUGGUAUUUCCACAUGACGGCAGCCACUGGGUGAACAUGAGGGUGCUUGUUGAGGCGCUGCAUUCAAGGGGACACGCUGUGACUGUCAUUCGGGCUGCAGACAGCUGGUACAUCAGCGAAACGUCUCCACAUUACAAUACCGUCACGGUGGAUAUUGCUGGCGGUGCAAAUGAGGAUUUUUUUCGUCUCUUUGUUUCUGAAGUUAUUCAAAUCAAACGAAGCAAGGGGUCUGCGUGGGCCCGUUUUGCUUUAGACAUGGAGUUAAAAAACAAGUUCUUUGAAUUACACAGGAAAGUCUGUGAAAUGGUCACGCACAUAUUUGAAAAUAAAGAGUUAAUGAAGUCCAUUCAGGACACCAGGUAUGAUGUGGUUUUGACAGACCCUGCUAACGGAGGAGGAGUAAUGCUGGCUCACCGCCUUGGAUUGCCGUUAGUGUUUAAUGCUCGCUGGACUGUUCAUGGUGAGGCCCAUUUCGCUAUUGCACCCUCGCCGCUUUCCUAUGUGCCACUUCCACCUUCAGAAUUAACAGAUAAAAUGAGUUUCUUUGAGAGGGUCCAAAACAUGUUUUUUUACAACAUGAGAAUGCAUCUGUACAAGCAGGUAGUUGGGCCACAUUAUUCUGCAUUGACCAGCCGCUACUUUGGCGCAGAUGUAGACUACUUCUCCCUGUUUCAAGCAGCGGAUCUGUGGCUCAUGAGAGUGGACUUUGUGUUUGAGUUCCCUCGUCCCACCAUGCCUAAUGUUGUCUAUAUGGGAGGGUUCCAGUGUAAACCCUCAAAAACUCUUCCUCAGCACUUGGAGGAAUUCGUGCAGAGUUCUGGAGAGCACGGUGUCGUCAUCAUGUCUCUGGGCACUUUGAUUGGAGAGCUUCCCCAUGACCUUGCUGAGGAGAUCGCAGCAGCUCUUGCUGAAUUACCUCAGAAAGUCAUCUGGAGAUAUAAAGGUGUCAGACCAGCGGCUCUGGGCAACAACACUUUACUAGUCGACUGGAUGCCACAGAAUGACCUCCUGGGACAUCCACAAAUCAAACUAUUCAUAAGUCAUGGAGGAACAAAUGGAAUAUAUGAGGCUAUAUAUCAUGGAGUUCCAAUUGUAGGCAUUCCCAUUGUGUUCGAUCAAGCCGACAACCUCUCCAGACUGAGGGCAAAGGGCGUCGCAAAGGUCGUGGAUGUUUCUGAAUUGGAUAGGAAAAUAUUUCAGGACGUCAUACAGGAAGUCCUGCACGAGCCCUCCUACACAACGAACAUGAAGAGGCUCUCCAGGCUGCACAGAGAUCAGCCGAUGAAGCCGCUGGAUACCGCCCUCUUCUGGAUAGAGUUUGUCAUGAGACACAAAGGUGCAGCUCACCUGAGAACAGAGUCCUACAGACUGCCCUGGUAUUCCUACCACUCUGUGGAUGUCAUAUUGUUCUUAUUAACAAUUGCACUUCUUAUUUUAUUGUUGCUUGCUGGGUUCGUAAGGUCAUGCUUUAGAUUAUGUUUGAAAAGAAAAAUGAAACCUGACUAACCAAGUGAGACAGAUUGAUCAUUUUCAUAUAGUUAUAUUACAGUCAAUUUGGCUGUGAUGAGUAAAAUACUGAAAGAAGUAAAUAUUUUGCUUUUCAACUGUGCUUUGAGUUGAUGCAAGUACACUGUAAAAAAUUACAUAUAACUGCCAGUUGUGACUGCUAACUUGCAAGAGUGGUGUCUGAGUGAUUACUAGUAGAUCAACUUAACCAAUGAAAUGAGCCACGAUACAAAUUUCAGCUCUUCUGUCCUCCAUUUUAUUGUAUACCACAUUAUGCUAAAAGCUCACUGUUGAAGGAUCCUGAAAAAUAAAGACUCACUGUGACAUUGUCAAUAAAAAAAAUCUAAACACUGUGGACUGUAAGGCUGGAGAAAUAUGAUGCUGUCUAACAACCAGAAUAAGCUUGCCCUGCUGAAAGGCAAUCCUCUAGGUUUGCUGAAUGCAUGUUUAAAAAAAAAAAAAACCCUGAUCCAAAUUAGGGGUUGCUGAUUCCUUUACCAGCCGGCAGGUGAUAUUUUU